CGAUUUUUGGCGCGUAAUUCGGCAAUUCGAUCUUUUUUGGGAGGCGCCUACAACGGAGUCGUAAACUUCGAUCGCAAAAAAUCAUAGUCGAGUGCAUUAGCCCAUGCCAAGAGUUAACCACAUUGAACAGCCCACGAUGGCGACAUCCUCUUCAGAUUCAGAUUCGGCGUCGGAUAAUUUGGAUGCGGGAUCGCAGGGCCAAACGCAGGAUAAUCUGCGCAUAUUCUUAAAGCAUUUGUAUGCCGAGUGCGUGUUUCGAUACCAGAAUGUCACAUACGAUACGGACGACCCAUCAUUCUCACUUGGCCCAGCAACAGACUACGAUUCCGAUUUGCCGGAGAACUUCAGUCCGGUGCCGCGAUAUCUGGAGAAUGCCGCGAUGAACGAGGGCGUUAUUGACAUGCGGAACGUGGACGAGGAGCUGGCGGAGAAGGAGGAGCUGAUGGCCACCGUCGUCAGUGCCACGAUGGCCACAAAUCAGAAUGAGAACCGACUCUUUUGCCCCCUGAACUUUGACGGAUACCUCUGCUGGCCAAGGACUCCGGCCGGCACCGUACUAAGUCAAUAUUGUCCCGAUUUCGUCGAAGGAUUCAACAGAAAAUUUCUGGCCCACAAGACAUGUCUGGAGAACGGCUCGUGGUACCGCCAUCCGGUGAGCAAUCAGACCUGGUCCAAUUACACCAACUGCGUGGACUACGAGGACCUGGAGUUGGCACUGCAGUUUCGCCAGUUCAUCAACGAGCUGUACGUGAAGGGGUACGCCCUCUCUCUGCUGGCCCUGCUCAUAUCGAUUAUUAUUUUCUUGGGCUUCAAAUCCCUGCGCUGCACCCGCAUCCGCAUCCAUGUGCACCUGUUCGCCUCGCUGGCCUGCACCUGUGUGGCCUGGAUAUUGUGGUACCGUCUGGUGGUGGAGCGUUCCGAAACCAUAGCCGAGAAUCCGCUCUGGUGCAUUGGCCUGCAUCUGGUGGUGCACUACUUCAUGCUGGUCAACUAUUUCUGGAUGUUUUGCGAGGGUCUGCACCUGCACCUGGUGCUCGUUGUGGUCUUUGUGAAGGACACGAUUGUGAUGCGCUGGUUUAUCGUCAUCAGCUGGUUCCUGCCGAUUCCCAUAGCCAUCGUCUAUGGACUGGCCAGGCACUUCAGCAGUCCGGACAAUAAACACUGCUGGAUAACGGAAAGUCUCUACAUGUGGAUCUUAUCGGUGCCCAUAACUCUGUCGCUGCUGGCCAGUUUCAUUUUUCUGAUCAACGUGCUGCGUGUGAUCGUGAGGAAGCUACAUCCGCAGUCCGCGCAGCCGGCACCGCUGGCCAUCCGGAAGGCGGUACGGGCCACCAUUAUCCUGGUGCCGCUCUUCGGACUCCAGCACUUCCUGCUGCCCUACCGUCCGGAUGCCGGCACCCAGCUGGAUCACUUCUAUCAGAUGCUAUCCGUGGUGCUGGUCAGCCUGCAGGGCUUUGUGGUCUCCUUUCUGUUUUGCUUUGCCAACCACGAUGUCACCUUCGCCAUUCGCACGCUGCUGAACAAGUGGCUGCCCAGUUUGGUCACUCCGCCGCCGGCCGGGAGUAAUACUGGACAGAUGGCCACGACCACGCCCAGCCGAGAGUUGGGCGUUUAAGGCGUAUCGCACGAGGGUCGAUCGAAACAUUGACCGCAUCGCCGAGCAAAGAUUUUGAUUUGCUAUCUCUGCUAUACUCGUAUAACAACAUAUUUGUUUUCACCGUGAUUUUUUUAAAAUUAACAC